CACACAAUCAGAUGUUGUUAUAAAAUACGUUAAAAAUGAACACAUUUUAUAAAUUUUCAACUAUUUCUCUAUGAUUUCAUUAAUUUCUCAUUUAAUUAGCGUUGAGUAAUUCACUUUCAUUUAUACUUAUAUCACAUUCACUGCAAAGAGUGGUGGACAUCUCGGGUGACCAUCGCUGACACGAAUACAAUGUGUGAUGAUAUGGAGACUGUUUUGCAAGAGUUGGCGGACAUCAGUCCGGAACUGCCAUAUAAACGACAACUGUGUCUGAAAUGCGGCCGUCCGGUGCCGGUCUGUUGGUGUCCGCACUUAUCCGCUGAUCCCAUUGAGACGAAGAACAGAGUUAUUAUUCUUCAACAUCCGAAUGAAGAGAAACGCUGCUUACGAACGGCGAAGAUAUUGGAGUUGAGUCUGUCUUGUGGUCAAUGUCUUGUGAUUAAA